AUGAAAGGUGGGCACCGGAAGCCCUCUAAAUCCGAGGCUAAUGAGCCGUCUAGUUAUGGUCCUGGUUCCAAUGUGGUCGUUAGCCACGCGUCUCGAGGCUCACUGGUUCCUUCUUCUCAGUCGCCAGUGACGGCCACUCCACCACCUCCGCCGAUGGGGUCAGUAGAGCCUCUCCCGUUGUUCAGGGACGUCCCGGUUUCAGAGAGGCAAACGUUGUUCUUGAGGAAACUUCAGAACUGCUGUUUCCAGUUCGAUUUCACAGACACGAUUAAAAACGCGAGAGAGAAGGAGAUCAAGAGGCAGACGCUGCUGGAGCUGGUGGAUUUUAUACAGUCUGGAUCUAGUAAGAUCUCGGAGUCGUGUCAGGAAGAAAUGAUUAAGAUGGUUUCUGUCAACAUAUUCCGGUGUCUCCCUCCGGCAUCGCACGAGAAUACGGGUCAAGAGCCUGCGGAUCCUGAGGAAGAGGAACCUUACCUGGAACCUUCUUGGCCUCAUUUGCAGCUAGUUUACGAGUUGCUACUGAGAUACAUUGUUUCGACCGACACGGAUACAAAAGUGGCCAAACGGUAUAUCGACCAUUCUUUCGUCUUGAAGUUGCUCGACUUGUUUGAUUCCGAAGACCCGAGGGAGAGGGAGUAUUUGAAAACGAUUCUUCAUAGAAUCUAUGGGAAGUUUAUGGUCCACAGGCCCUUUAUUAGGAAAGCAAUUAACAACAUAUUCUAUAGGUUUAUUUAUGAGACAGAGAGGCACAGUGGGAUCGGGGAACUCCUGGAGAUUCUAGGCAGUAUCAUAAACGGGUUUGCGUUGCCUAUGAAGGAGGAGCACAAGCUAUUUUUAGUCAGGGUGUUGAUACCAUUGCAUAAGCCGAAGCCAAUAGCUAUAUAUCAUCAGCAGUUAUCUUAUUGCAUCGUUCAGUUUGUGGAAAAAGAUUAUAAGCUCGCGGAUACAGUAAUCAGGGGAUUAUUAAAGUAUUGGCCUGUGACAAACUGCACCAAGGAGAAUCUUUUUCUUGGAGAACUUGAAGAAGUUCUUGAGGCAACACAGCCUGUCGAGUUCCAGCGUUGCAUGGUUCCAUUGUUUCAACAGAUCGGUCGCUGCCUCAACAGCUCUCACUUUCAGGUUGCGGAACGAGCACUGUUCUUGUGGAACAAUGAGCACAUCGUGGGUCUUAUCGCGCAGAACCGAAGCGUAAUCCUUCCAAUCAUAUACCCUGCACUGGAGAAGAACAUCCAGUCUCACUGGAACCAAGCAGUUCAUGGUCUAACUGCAAAUAUCAAGAAGAUGUUCAUGGAGAUGGAUCCUGAGCUCUUUGAAGAAUGCCAGAGACAGUAUGAAGAGAAACAAGCGAAAUCCAAAGAAGUGGAAGAACAACGCCAAUUUACAUGGAAGAGAUUAGCCGAAGCAGCAGCAGAGCGAGACGGCGUUGGAGGAGAAGAUCAUAUGGUCACUUCCUAG